AUGUGUCAGCGCGAAGUUGGACUCAAUGGCUGGACCAGCAUGCCCGCCAAUGCCGGCACCAUCUUUGGGGAUAGGUCUUUCAUCAAUGAGCCAAAGGCCAUGUCGAUUGAAGAGAUAAAGUUUCCAUUUAACGAUCCUGUCGUCGCAAAGACGUUGGAUUAUGCCAAGGCUGUUCUGCAUCCUGAAACCUUCAAUCACUCCAUGCGAGUCUACCACUACGGAAUGGCUAUCACCAAGCAGCAAUUCCCAGAGCAAGCUGCUGCUCUCAGCCCCGUCACUUGGGCACUGACCUGCUUGUUGCACGAUCUUGGCACUGCCGAGGAGAACCUCACCGCCACUCGCAUGUCCUUCGAUAUAUACGGUGGCAUCAAGGCUCUCUCUGUUCUGAAAGACUUCGGCGCUACCGUUGAUCAAGCCGAAGCAGCUGCCGAGGCUAUCAUCCGCCAUGAGGAUAUGGGAGUUGACGGGACGAUUACAUACAUCGGCCAGCUGAUUCAACUAGCCACAACCUACGAUAAUACCGGUUUCCAUCCCCAUGUCAAAGACUUUGGGAAGUUGGUUCAUGAUGAAACUCGUGCUCAGAUCAACACGGCCUACCCGCGACUUAAGUGGUGCACGUUCUUUUCUGGGGUCAUUCGCAAGGAGGAAAUGAUUAAGCCUUGGUGCCAUUCGACGCAUCUUGUUGACUUUGACAAGGAAAUCGAAGCCAACGCGCUGAUGAAGCAGUGGGAAUAA